CACACCAGCCAUAGCCACGCGUCCACUAACCGCGAUAGCUUUCAAUUCAAUCCUUCAAUCAGUCGACAAUUUGAUCCCAACAAACAACCCGACAUCAUGCCUUCGAACUACGAAAAACUCUCCCGCCCAAGCGGCGAAACAAACCUCACAAUCCCUGAGAAAGCUGCUACAAAUGCGACCGUAACCGAAACCCCUCGCAUCAGUACAACAUCUACACCUCAAACAGACAAACUCAACCCUUUCGACACCGACAUCGAAGCCAUGAUCACAACCCGAACAUCAGAAUCAUGCAUGCACAAAACAUCAAGCACCCCCCUCGCCAGAAAGACCGAUUGCCAAGUUUGGCCUGGAAAGGAUCACUGGAAGAAACAGGCCAAGGCCGCAAAGGCAAAGAACCGCUGCACCUGCAUGGCCAAGCUUAGCCAACGCAAUCGAUGGAUCGUCAAGGGUUUGAUCAUCUUUCUCGUCGUUGGUAUUGCUGUCGGUGUUGGAUUUGGUGUCAGCAAGCCUCUCAACGCUCCCAUAUGGGGAGACAAGGACGACAAGUAAUUCGACAUUUCUUCAGGACUUUGUUAUUGCCUAGCGCGCUGGAUUUCCUUUCAUGAACGGCGUUUGGUGUCAUUUGAGUUGGCAUUUCUUAGGAGUGAUGGAUUACAGAACAUGGGUCUUGACAUUUAUUGAGGGUAGACUAAGACUAGAAUAAAGUCUCGACGGUGGCCGUCAUUUCAUCAACUCAAAGUGUCCCGCGUGAAUCCCCUGCAUCUCCACCAGAUCUUCAGGAACAAUAGAUGCGGCCCGGUCUGUGGGGAACGGAAAGAUGCAGAUUCGUGAGAAAUCACUCUUGAUUUGGAAAUGGCUGCAAGGUAAUAGCCAGUUGAGGUUGGAGAUGCUGAUGGAGGGGAUCCACAAGUACCCGAAGCAUCCGAUGGGGAAUGUCCAAAAGAUAUAACCAGCCGCCGCCACCACUGAAUUGAUUGAUUGUCUACCUCAGGUAAUAUUCAUAUGUGUUUGAG